UUUGCACGGGAUGCUUGGACGCGGAUUCUUUCUUAUUCCCUUAAUUUCAGAUUUAUUCUUCCAUUAUUAUUAAAUUUUAAUUAAUUUAAAAUGCCAGUCUUUGCUGUUAAUCGUUCUCCAAAACCAAUGAGAAAUGCUUUGUCAAUGCCUAGUGAUCCACGUACUGAUCCUAGGCCUAAGAAAAUAGAGGAGGAUGUAAAACUACUUCGUUCAGAAUUAAACAACUUGAGAAAACAAAAUACAGCUUUAAACAAAGGAAUAAAAAAUUUAGAAGCAGAAAUUGGUGAAAGUGCUUUUAAACGUUUAGUUGAACAAGUAGCCUCACCGGAGUCUUCAUUAGUGGAGGCAGAGGAAUAUUCUUCUUGUACUGAGGAAUUAAAAAAACAACAAAUAGAAUCCAUCAAAAAUUCUCUCAAUCCAAAACUUUUAAAAUACAUAAACAACAAAGAUGAAGAAAUAUUAUUUGCUUCAAUAGAUAUUAGAGAGUGCCAACCAAAAAUAUUUUAUGCUCAAUGGAACAAUCAAAAUUUACUUUCAAUUAUUGGGCCUAACGAUAUACGUAAAAGAACAUUUGGCUCAGUCCAUAUCGCCGAUAGAAUUCUUUCUAUUGAUACUUUGCUCAUAGACAAUUUAUUUUCUGAUAACAAUCAAAAAGAAAUUAUUCUCGAUACUUCUUUAAAUUACAAAAAAGAAAUAAAAGACAACAAUAAAAAAAUUUUAAAUACAAAAAGAAUUGGAGGAGAUGAGCCUAACAACGUCAAAGAACUUGCUCAAUUAAAUUCUUUUGCUCAUUCAACAAUUCUAAAUGAAAAUUUCCAUCAUUUCCCUCAAAGUCUAGAUCAAGUUCGUGAAUUUGUGGAGGAAUAUUUAAAGACAAAAUUAUCAAAAGAAGUUCCUUUCCUUGUACUUGGUUUGCUUAGACAAUCGACAAAAUUAAUGGCGGUGGGUUGA